AAGAGUUAAUACCCUAAAUAGGACUAAAACAAUGAAGAAAUGCAUAAAUAGGACUUCCAUGUUUCAUAGGACUAAUAAUGUAUCGAUGGUACAAAAUUACCCUUACUAACUUUAUGAAUCUAUUUACAAUAAAAAAAAUAAAAAUAAAAAAGCUAUUUAGAACGCUAGGUUCCGCAGCCGCUCCCAACACUCCAAAUGCGGCCAUCACUUCUGGCGCCUCCACUUCCGUCAUCAUCGCCGUCACUUCCAUCGCCGCCGCCGCCGCCGCCGCCGCCGCCAUCACUUCCGGCACCGGCGCCCCCAUCACUCCCGACACCGUCGUCACUCCCGGCACCAUUGCUGGCCCAUCACCGGCGGUUAUGAAAAUGUCACCUUGCUGCAAAAAAAAUUAUUGACAACAUAAAAACAUAAAUCUGCCAAAAAGUUGACAAAAAUAUAAAUCCAAUAUUCCAAAUCUGUAAAAAUCGGAAUUUUUAUUGAAAUCGGAAAUUUUGUAGAUGAAAAUCUGCCAUCUUGUUACCUUAAAAAUCAAGCUAUAUAUCAGAUUUGCCAUAACAGUGGAAUAAAAAUAAGAAUUUUCUGCCAUAAUAUUAAAUAUUAAUAUGGCAAAUCUACCAAAAUACAAUCGGCAAAUCUGCCAUAAAAUUGGAAAUACAUUCAAAUUGUUGAAAUUCUGCCAUGAUAUCAUAUAAUUGGCAACACUCUCAAAUCAAUGCCAAACUAUAGGUUUUCUGCCAUAACAUUUUACACGAAUCUGCCAAAAAUUUGGCAAAAUAUGAACUCUAUCCAAAAUCGAGAAAAACAUGGUUUUUUUAUGAAACAAUUUUUUUUAUUGAAAUCAGAAAUCUGAACUACGAAAUUAAUGACCAAAAAUCAGAAAAGAGGAUGCUAAAACUCCACAAAGUGAAUCAAAAAAAUCUGCCAAAAAACAACAGAAUAAAAACAAAAAAUCUGCCAAAAACGGAGAAGGAGGAUGAAGAGGAAGAAAAAGAGGAAGAGGAAGAGGAAGAAAAAGAGGAAGAGGAAGGGGAAAACCUGGAAAAGGGGAGUGGCGAUGGAGCGUCGAAGAACUACCGACACAGAGAGGCGGUGCGGUGCAGUAAAUCGGCGGCGUCUAUGGAAAACUAGCGACGACGAUGGAUAACCGGCCGGCGGCGCUGAAGAGCGGGGGGAGUUUGCUGCGAUGGUGAUAUCAGAGAGAGAGGGGGCGAUGAGGCGCAGAGGAAGAAGUGAUCGAUAGAAUUUUAGGGUUUUGGAUAGUUAUUAUAUAGCAGGGUAUAAUGGUAAUCCGGAGUCCUAUUUAGGGAAUAAAAAAGAUGUGGUCCUAUUUGUGCAUUUAAGUUUAUUAUUAGUCCUAUAUAGGACAAUUACUAUAAAAAAAUAAAAAAAUAAAAAUAUCACCAAGUCAUAUUUUUGUUCAUAGGUUUUUUAUUAGUAACAUUUCAUUGAAGCUUUUUUUGUAAAUACUACCUCCGUCCCACUAAGAUUGGGACGGAAGAAGGUGGCACGAUAAUUAAGAAAAGUGAGUUUGUGUGGUUGAUAUUAA